CGUCGUUAAUAUAUGUCAGCACAGGGCUCUGAUUGGAUUUUGUUUGUAAUUUUCUUUUAUUUAUUUUGUAAACAAUUGAAGUAUUCCUAUUUAAACAAUUGAAGUAUUGCUAUUUAAUUCUUAGUGGAAUUAUGGAUCCGCAAACAUUUUUGCCUAAUAAUUUGACAGAAUGUGCUCGUGUUUAUAUUUAUUUUACUCAAGAAAAUACAAAUUUCUUUAUAAUAAAUUGUUUGUAUUGUAACAAAGAUUUUGCUGAGUGGAUACAAUUUUACAAACAUUUAUUAGGACAUUAUACAGAAAACAUAGAAUUGGAACAAUCUGAAACAAAAGAAUAUAAAGAAAAUAUCCAAUUGGAAAAAUGUAAUCAAAAUUCCGGGAAAAAAUGUGAAAUUAAAAGUGAAUAUUUAGUUAAAAAUGAAACGUUAGACAAUGUUGGUGAAGAGUGUGAAAACAAAGAAGAGUUUCUAGAGGAGUAUUUAAUGGAAUAUUACGAGGAAUGCAAAAAACGCUCUACAAAUGGCGAAGAUUUUAUUACGAAAAAAUCGUCUUCUAAACCCGUCAUCAAUACCUGCUUUUUUCGUUUAAGUACAACAGACUCCAAAUUGAUGCUACAAUUUAUUGAACUAUUGCGUCAACAUCCCUGUCAAUGGGAUCAUAAACACCACAAUUUUAAUCUCAAAGACAAACGUAUCGUUAGUACAUUGAACUUGACUAAACAACUGAAGAAAGAUUUAAAUCUCAAUAUUACCGCACAAGGCACGCGUAGCAGUGUUUUAGCGCUAUUACGUUGGUUUGAUCGGGAGUAUAUACGUUUUUUAAAUUGUCAACAAAAUGAUUUUAAAUUUGUUUGUGUGCAUAGGGAAUAUUUUGAAAAGUUAAUGGAAUUCCUGCCAUAUCAACAUUUAAAACCUGUGAAAUGUGAGGAGUGUGAUAAACGUUUUAAGACGGAACAUUUGCUAUUGGCUCAUAAGCACAAGCAGCAUAAUGGUCAGGUACCAUUUCGUUGUCGCUACUGUGGUCAUGGUUUUAUACAUCAGUCAUCACAUAAAAUGCACGAGAAUCGCCAUAUAAAGCUACAUGUCUGGCCCUGUAGUAACUGCUUGUAUCAAGCAUCCUCCAAAUCGGAUUAUAUUAAACAUUUGGCAACACAUUCCUCUAGACAGCCUUAUAAAUGCAACAUUUGUGGUUUGGCCUAUAAAACUAAAACGAAUUUAAAUGUUCAUCUGAAGAGUCACAGUUUGCCGGCGUAUGAAUGCGAGUUUUGUAAAAAGAAAUUCUAUGAAAAAUAUCGUUAUAAAAGACAUAUAUGGUUGCAUGAGGAACAGGAAAUGUCAGGCGGGAAGUCGGUCGAUAAUUUUACUUGUGAAAUAUGCGGACGACGUUUUACCAGCUAUAAAACGUUAAGGAAACAUCAAUUGGUUCAUAUACAGGAAAACUAUAAGACUGAUGAGAGUAUGGCAAAGAAUGACGCUUUUAAAUUAAUAGAUGUUAUAAUGUACUAUUGUGAUUAUUGUUCAUUGGAAUUUAUACAUAAAGAAGCCUAUGAAACGCAUAUGAAGUUAAAACAUAAUAUUAAGAAAAUGUAACAAUAUUGUUUGCAAGGAUCUGAGAAUAAUUACUAACUUCCAUACGCGAGGAUAUAUGUUUAAAUCAUACCAUCCAUUGCUAUGGUUCAGGGAAACAGAUUGCGAAUUCGGUUUACAAAGUUAAAGCUCUCAAGUUGAAAAGCAUUAAUAGUUUAUGCUUUUUAUUUUUUUAAGAUAAAUAAAACAAUUUUAAUUUAUUUUGUAUUUUAAAUAUUUUUAUUGAAUGAAUUUGUAUUAAUAGUUAAAAAACUAAUGAA